UAAAGCUCAACCCCCUUUUUAUAUGUGGCUUUAAACUCGAAAACCAGACACAUUGGAAAACAACAACAUAAUUUUUGACAGUGAUUUGUGGUGGUGGUCUUUAAAGAUGGGUGGGUUUAGUUUGCUUUGUUUCAUGUUUUUUGUUUGGGUGUUGGGAUUUGAAAGCGGAAAAGGGGUGUGGGGGUUGGCUUGCAACUGGGGAUUGCAGUCGACUCAUCCGUUGCCACCGGACAUAGUGGUGAGGCUGAUGAAAGACAAUGGAUUCGAUAAAGUAAAGCUGUUCGAGGCUGAUCCUGCUGCUCUCAAGGGACUUGGGAAAUCUGGGAUUCAGGUUAUGGUCGGAAUACCCAACAACAUGUUGGCGUCGCUUGCCGGGAGUCCCGCAAAUGCUGAAGCUUGGGUUCAACAGAAUGUUUCCACUUUCGUUUCCAAAUCUGGAACUGAUAUAAGGUUUGUAGCCAUUGGCAAUGAACCUUUUCUUCAUAGCUACAAAGAUAUGUUCAUCCAAACAACAUUUCCAGCCCUUCAAAACAUUCAAGCAGCUCUCGUCAAAGCAGGUCUAGGCAAGAAAGUGAAGGUAACGGUUCCGUUGAAUGCCGAUGUCUUACAGACCGACAGCGGCCUAGCGUCUGGCGGCGAUUUCCGACUUGAUAUUCAUGACCUAAUGCUUAAGAUCAUCAAGUUCCUUCAAGACAAUGGUGGCAUUAUUACCAUUAACAUCUACCCUUUCCUUAGUCUCCAAGCUGACCCCAAUUUCCCAAAAGAAUUUGCCUUCUUCAGCAACACUGCUAAUCCGGUCGUGGACGGUACCAUCACUUACACCAAUGUUUACGAUGCAAACUUCGAUACCCUCAUUUCGGCUCUUGAAAAGAACGGCUUUGGGCAAAUUCCGGUUGUCAUUGGAGAAGUUGGCUGGCCGACCGAUUGUGACCCCAAUGCGAACAUAGACAACGCCCGCAGGUUCAACCAAGGCCUUCUAGAUCGUAUUGUUAAGGGCCAAGGCACCCCAAAACACCCAGCCCCGAUCGACGUUUACCUGUUUUCGCUGAUCGACGAAGACAACAAGAGUGUCGAGCCAGGGAACUUUGAGAGGCACUGGGGUAUCUUCAAUUACGAUGGAAGCGUCAAAUAUCAGUUGAAUAUGGGGAAAGGCAAAGCCAUCGUUCCGGCCAAAGGUGUCAAGUACUUGGCCAGGCAAUGGUGCGUGUUGUCGCCUUCGGCAGGUGUUUCGGACCCCAAUGUUUUGUCUCAAAGCAUUAACUAUGCUUGCCAGUAUGCUGAUUGCACAAGAGCUAGUCCCGGAUCCUCGUGUGGUAAUCUAGAUCCCCAGCGCAAUGUUUCGUAUGCUUUCAGUAUGUAUUACCAGACUAUGAAUCAAAGGAAAGAUGCAUGCUCUUUUAAUAACUUAUCUGUGGUUACGACCGUGGAUCCGUCUCAGCCGCCUUGUCGCUACGAGAUCAUGAUCGACAUCGGGAAACAUGACCUCACAGCCUCUGGCAGUGCUAAGGUGGCUGGAAAUGGAAGCCAACUAUUUAUAUUCCUGAUGAUUGUAUUGGCUUUGGUUAUCGAUGGUGCUUGUUAAUUUGAGUCCGGCGUUUGCCUCUUUGAUGCAGAGUCGAGCAGGGAAGGAUCAGCUUCAUUUCUUUUGUUUCUUGAUGUUGAUCUUUUCUUAAGACUGCCAUUGAUUUUUGGUUUGACUCCAUUGUAAAAUAACCAUUGAUUCCGUGAA